GGUAGGCAUGAAUAUAUCAAAUAUGAUGCUUAUUUCAUGAGAGAAAAUUCUUGCAUGUGAUGUGAUAACUACGAUGCAUUAUGAAACCUCUGGUCAUGAUGCGGUUGCCCCAGUGAAAAAUUGUCAAACGGAAUUUGAAGCUAUCCAUGUUAGCACCGUAGCUGAAGGUGCUUUUAGCGGGGUUAUGCCACGAUCUCCCCGCAGAUCGCCGGGUUUGAUUUUGGGCAAUUUGACAGCCUUGCUUGAUUUUUUUAGCUAGUCGCCGUCUAAAUCUCGAGCAAAUCGGCUUCGAGAUUCAACUCAGUUCAAUGGCGAAAGUAUCGCCCUUCCUCGACCCAGGCGUCCAUACAGCCCAGAACGGUCUCGCAAUCGUCCAUUUAUCCCGCGACAAUCUUGAGCCAGUUAUUCUCAACGGCGAAGUUGGUGCCGCGGAUGGCUACGCUGAAGGACGAGUGAUCAACACGCGUUUCGGCUCUUUCCCGCACUCGACCCUCAUUGAUCAACCAUGGGGCUCCCAAAUAAGGGCCUCAGUUGUCGACACAGGAACAAGAGGGAGAAAGAGAAAGCCAGAUGAAGAAGAGACUGCAGGAGUCGGCUCGGCCGCGGCAACGCCCAAAAACGUCAAGACAGCCACCAGUGGCUUCGUACACGUCCUGCCACCGACACCAGAACUAUGGACUACAAGUCUUCCCCACAGAACACAAGUUGUGUAUACGCCAGAUUACAGCUACAUUCUGCAUCGUAUACGAGCACGGCCGGGCACGAGGAUUAUCGAGGCAGGCGCAGGAAGCGGUAGCUUUACUCACGCAUCUGCAAGAGCCGUUUAUAAUGGUUAUUUCAGUGAUUCAAAUGGACACAUGGCCAAGGAAUCCUCCACUGGAAAAGUCUUCAGCUACGAGUUCAAUGAGGACCGCUUCCACAAGAUGCAACAGGAAGUUGAAGACCAUGGAUUGAGCGGCGUGGUCGAGGUUACCCACCGAGAUGUCUAUAACGACGGGUUUUUCGUGAAUGGUCAAAGCCCUGAUGUCGACUGUGUGUUUCUGGAUCUCCCGGCUCCAUGGAAGGCAUUGCCCCAUUUAUCUCGUGGUCCUCGUUCCCCUCUGCGAAAGGAUCGAAGUGUGCACCUCUGCACAUUCUCGCCGUGUAUUGAACAGGUCACCCAAACGGUGGAAGUCAUGAGGCGAUUGGGAUGGAUGGACAUCGAAAUGGUGGAGGUCUCCCACAAGCGCAUCUCCGUUUUGCGAGAAAGGGUAGGCCUCAAUAUGCCCACCGAAAGAGGGUCCAACCAGUCGGCUUACGACGUAGCUGAAGCCGUGCAAAGACUCAGAGAGGUAGAAGGGAGGUUCAAGGAAUUCCAUGGUCGGUCUCUGAAGAUGGAUGUGGUCGAUGAUGUGGACAUGGAGGAAGAGGGUGACGCGAAUGUCACUGAGAAUGGCGUAAAUGGUUCCAAUGCAGAAGGCACCACAAAACCUCCUUUCAUGCUUGGGAGGCUCAUCCAUCGCACUGAGCCAGAGAUCAAGACGCAUACCUCGUAUCUUGUCUUUGCCAUCCUACCCCAGGAAUGGACGGAAGAGCAGGAGGCAGCAGCCUUCGAGAAAUGGCCUUGCGGCAAUGAAAAUAAAGUCAUCGGCAGCAUAGGCAAGGAGGCUCGGAAGCAAGAGAAACGCGAGAUGCUACAAGGGAAGAAGAAGAAGCGAACAAAGGAUGAUAACGAGGGCGCAAGUGCGGGUAGAGACGCGAAAAAACCAAAGCUAGAAGACCCAUAGGUUGGUUGUACGGAAUAACGAUACCCCAUUGCUAUAAAAUACAUGGAACAGCUAUUGUUGCCUACAGGG